CUCUCGGUAAUCAAGAUCUUCAAUUGAUUCUCUCUUUGUUUUUUUUUAAUUCGUCUUGUUCGUCUUGUUCGUAUCAAUUUCAUCCAAAAUCACAUUGAAAUCGAAGACUAUUCGCAUAAUCAACCGUCACAUCCUUUCAAUUUCACAAAUUCACCAGUCAAUCGAUUCAAUUUCAUCUCAAAUUGUUCAUUUCGCUUCACGUUUCUCAGAUCUUUCUUCUUCAAUCAUGUCUGAUACAAGUAGCGAAACAAUUAACACAUCAAUGACGAUCGAUUCGUCUAAUCCUCUUUACCUGCAUCCUUCUGAUCAUCCUGGCAUGAUAUUAGUUUCAAAAUCAUUCGAUGGAACUGGAUUUGGUGCUUGGAAGCGAGCUAUGACUAUCGCACUUUCAGCCAAAAACAAAUUAGGUUUUGUGACUGGUCAGUUUGUUCAGCCUAAUGUUUCUUCUCAAAUUCAUCUUUGGAAUCGUUGCAAUGAUAUGGUAAUAUCCUGGAUCUUGAACAGCUUGUCACGAGAAAUUGGUGCAAGUGUAUUGUAUGUUGAAUCUGCACAUCAGCUGUGGAUGGAAUUGAAUGAUCGUUACGGUCAAGUGAACGGCGCCAAAUUUUACCAGCUACAGAAGAAUUUGUGUGAAAUUGUUCAAGGCAAUUGCGAUGUUGCAACAUAUUUCACUAAACUCAAGACAAAUUGGGAUGAAUUGAAUGCCAUUAAUGUGAUUCCACCAUGUACCUGUGCUACGGCUCAUCUGAUUGCUAAACGAGAUGAAGAUCAGCGUCUGAUGCAGUUCUUAAUGGGGCUGAACUCAUGUUAUGACACAGUUAGAGGUAAUAUCCUAAUGAUGCAACCUUUACCUUCACUAAAUCAAGCGUAUUCACUUGUUAUUCAAGAUGAGAAGCAACGUGAAAUUCAUGCGGCUUCUAUGUUUCAUUCUGAAUCCGCCUCUAUGAAUGUUAGUUCUCAAAUUCAUAGUACUCAAUACAGCAGAUAUGAUAACAAGAAAUCUAUUAUUUGUUCAAAUUGCAAAAAAAAUGGGCAUCAUGCAAGUAAAUGCUAUAGGCUUAUUGGUUUUCCUAAAGAUUUCAAGUUUACAAAGUCUAGACGUGGUGCUGCUAAUAUGGUAGGGGAUGAGAAGGAUCUGUCUAAUCAAGAAUUUACAAAUCCUUUUCUUUCAAACGAUUUACAAGAAAAUGCACCUACUGGCCCUUCUAUCACUGUUCAGCAGUAUAAUGAACUCAUGCAAUUACUACAAAGAACUCAGUUGAACAAAGAAUCAAAUGCACAGCCUACUACCUCUCUUAGCUAUGCUAAUUUCGCAGGCCCCUUCAAUGAAGAAGCCACUGGCUCUGAUACCAUGUAAUUUGGAGAGGAUUGAAUCAAUUUUUUAUUGAAUGACCAAGUAAUACAAGCCCUAAUAUAUAUACUGUAUACAUCAUCAGCUCUCUCUAACAGAUUACCAGCUCACUAACCAACUUAUUAACAAACUAACUAAUUAAAUACAUGAGGGGUAAAAUGGUAAAAACACUAUAAAGCUAGUCAAAAUAGAAAUUGACU